AGAGAGCGCGAGCGAGCGUCCAAAACUAUAGUCUCUCUGUCAUUUAACUGCUAGGUUAGAUGUGGAACGACGCUUUUGGGAAACCCACUCAACCCUGUCUAGCUGCUGGCUAUCUUCUAGCUGCUCUGUAGAUAAAAGUGCAUUUUCUUAUAAAUAAGUGUUAAACGAACCCUUCAGUUAGAAGAUAAGGAAAAUACUCCGUUAAAGAGGCAGACUUUGCAGACUUUUGACAGGGUCUACUCCCCUAUGACUGGCACCAUGGCCAUGAGCCCAGCAGCCAAAACUCAAGCAGGUAAUUUCAAAACCAGCGGGAAGACUAUCGGUUCCUUGGGACCAAAAGGCCCACAGACAGAAGAAGAAAGAAUGCUUUUUUUAAGAACUAAAGUGGAGGGAUGUAUAGAAGCACUAAUGAAAACUAGGAAACAGCUGGAGGCUUUAGUGCCAAUAGAGGGCAACAGUGAGCUGCAGAGUUUCUUGCUGAUAAGUCCUGCUGACUUGCAGACUGAGCUCAAGAGGCACAUGGAGCUGACGUCUAAAGUUGCAGGUUGUGUAAAUGCAGCACAAAGGCAUGAUGGUUGCCUCCAAGGUAAAACACAGACUGGCAGCUCAUAUGAGUUUCUGAAGGAAAUCUUAAGUGGCUGAGAACGGCAAUCUGAACAGCUGGUGCCCACACAAUUUCCUAUUUCUGCUCAAGGUGGAUCAUAUAACUCUCACUUUAUCACCCCUAGAGGCCACGUGAAGGACAAAUGCGCAAGGUGGCCCAUUAACAGAUCCCAUGUUUCCCCCUAUAUUUUACUUGCUUUGUGGGAAGAAAAGUCAUGGGAGCUGCUCCUUGAACGUAGCACUGAUCACCAUGGCUUAUAUGUCCUGACCAUACAAUCACAGAAAAACAUUCCUGCCUUGUGCUGUGAUUCUCUGGACCUCCAGCUGUCUGUCCUUACAUCUGACCCAUCAGCACACGCUUGAUCAGAUUUCUUCAACUCCGGAUCCAAUGCCUACCACCAAACACAAUUAAAACUUGUAUGCAGACCAACAAAUAGCAGAAACUGCAGAGGGCUAACAAGGUCCUUGGUGGAUCUGGUCAGUGAAUUGGUUGGAUUGCGGAAAGAAUACAAAUGCUAUCCCUAUUUAAUUUCUCAGUGUUGUUUUGCAUUUAUUGUAUCUGAACCAAUAUUCCUUUGUCCUUCUCCUGUGUGUGUAUAUGUGGCUGCAGGGCUUGUGCAAGCUGAAACACUAUAGCCCCUUUGUGACCUGAUAACAUUUACAGUUGUAAUGGAUUUUUUUAAUGUCAGUCAUUAACUCCUAUGUUGUGUGCACUUUUGUUCCUCUGGUAUUUCAGGUUUAUGGCAUUGUGUUCGGAUAUGUCCCUUUCCAUCAUUUUUGUUUUAUGGCCUAUGAAGUCGAUGCAUUUUUAUUUUAACAUAUAGCCUUUGUGUGGGCACGGUAUUUAGUUAUUGUGAGGAUAUUGCUUUGUUGUUCAGUCAGAGUGUUUGGGUUCAAGCUUGGUCUCCUUAUCUGAGAAAUAGUAAAUUGUAUCUUGGAUUCAUGGAUUUCUAAGGAUGUUUCAGUGCCCUAUUCACAGAGACCCAUACACAGAAUAAAUGUGUACAAAAGCAUUUAUUGAUGUGUAGAAAAUGUGUUAAUAAACGAUGGUCCUUGUAA